AUGUUCGCAAGACUAUCUCUCAUCGUCUCGGCUCUUGCCUUCUUCCUUAACCUUGCCGCCGCUCUUCCUCACUUCGGCUGGCACCCUCGCCCUACAGGAGGCUUCCCUCAUCCUACCGGCGGUUCCCCUCAUCCUACCGGCGGUUUCCCUCAUCCUACCGGCGGUUUCCCUCACCCAACCGGUGGCUUCCCAGGCUUCCCAAUCCCCUCGGGCGGCUUCAACCCCUUCCCUACAGGCUUCCCCACCGGCUUCCCUACAGGCUGGGUGCCCGGUCAAGGCCCCGCACCCACCGACGCCAUCGCAAAGCCCUUUGAGAAGAGAUUCGAAGGUGCCCGUCACGGUCAAGACCACCACGAUGGCUUCUGGUCGGGAAACUGGGGUGGCAACUGGGGCAACUGGGGUCCUAAGCCCACUGGCAGCCCUGUUGUUCCUACCGCCAGCGCACCUUUCCCCACUGGCGCUUGGGGCUCUACUGCUCCUGUUCCCGUGCCUACUGGCUACUAA